UCGCGGUUUCUGCCCUAUAAAUAAACUCAUUGAUUUUCUCCCAAUCUUCGCAGAAACCCCACCAAAUUCCCACAGAACAGAGAUUAACAAAUACUUCACAAAAUGAGGCCUUCUCCAUCACCUCCGACCAUCUUCAACUCUUCGCCGACGCCGUCCCCGUCGUCUUCAUCUGCCUACUCAAGCGGCUGUUUCCGAAGCUUGAAGUCUCCGAUUCCGUACCUGUUCGGAGGGCUCGGUCUGAUGCUAACCCUCAUCGCAGUAGCAUUGCUGGUGCUGGCCUGUUCUCAUCGGAAACGACCCUCGUCGUCGUCGAAUUCUCCUGGUUGUGAGGAUGAAGAAAGCAAAUCAGACGAAGCAGCGAAAACGACGUCGGAUCCAGAGCCCAGAAUUCUGGUGAUCAUGGCUGGACAGAGUAACGCCACUUACUUGGCAAAGCCUCUCUCUUCUUCCACCACUGAACAAUCCCUAUGAAGGUGAAGAAAGAAAUAAUUUCAUUCUUCUUCUUCUUCGUUUAAAUUUUGUCAUUCUGGUUUUGUUAUUCAUAAACGUUGUUAUAUAGAGGCAUAUAAGUGUACCCGUUUUGUGUUUGGGUAUGGUUUUUUUUUUUGUUUUGAAACUUGAUAACGUUUUGCGAGAUCUUUUAUCUAAUCUGGAGAACUCAAUAUACCCAUCAGAGUUUCUAUGUCA